GAGAUUUCCGGCUUCUCUGUACUGGUCUAGCAAUACAGGACUCGGCUCCGCCCCUAGAAUAACUGGUUCCUCCUCAGGCGAACCAGAGUAAUUGAUUAGUCUCUUGUCCAAUCAUCAGCCGAGUGGUCACAUAAUUACCAAUUAGGCAGUAGCAGAGGCGGGUGCCGAAGCAAGGGGUCUGUGUGACUAGGAAGUGAAAGCCUAGAUUGGGAAGGAGAACGCGUCAAGCUCGGGCGGUGGUGGAAAGGGUGGAGGACACACCUAAACAUGUGGAACCCCAAUGCCGGGCAGCUAAAUCCAUAUCCCCCCAACAUCGGGUGCCCUGGAAAUUCCAGUUCUGCCCACCCACCACCUGUCAAUCCAUCCUUUCCCCCAGGCCCCUAUCCUCCUCCCACAGGAGCUCCCCACUGCAAUCCAGUUUUCCCCCCAUGUGGGCCCCCUCCUCCUGUGUUACAGCCAGGGUAUCCAGGAUGCCAACCCUCUGGUCCCUACCCUCCUCCAUACCCACCCCCUGCCCCUGGAAUGCCUCCUGUGAAUCCCUUGGCUCCUGGCAUCGUUGGACCAACAGUGAUAGUGGACAAGAAGAUGCAGAAGAAAAUGAAGAAAGCUCAUAAAAAGAUGCACAAGCACCAUAAGCACCACAAGCAUGGCAAGCAUUCCUCCUCCUCUUCCUCCUCCUCUUCCAGCAGUGACUCUGACUGAAUACAGGCCCUGGACCCUUCCCUCAAGUCUCACCAGUUCUGCUGUCCCAUCAAGCUUCAGAUGCCAUGUUAUACUGGGGGAAAGUAGCCCUUGUGCUCCCUUCCCUCACCCCCACCUGAGCCUCACCCUGCUGUUCAGCCCUGAGUGCCUAGGAAAAAUGGGAAGAGGACUGCCAUGGCAUGGCUGUCUUCUUGCUGCUGGGAUAGAUCAUAUAGCUAAUAAGUUUAGCAGGGGAGCUAUUUUUUGAAGAUGAUGAACUAAAUGUUGAAGACAGGUUUGAGAUCUGUAAAAUGUGAUUUUUACUUCCUUUUAUAAUACUUUUGAUUGAGGGGUUUGUGGAAAUUUAAUUAUGAUGAAGAACCUCUAUCUUUUUUGUAAUGUUGGCAUACUUGGAGAAUUUAGUGGCAAAUACAUUCCCCAGCAGGCCUUUUGUUGGUUGCACUAACUGCAAGGUUGCUGGGAAGUAGAGUCCAUUUGGUCGAUGAGCUUUGACUGCCGUUUUGGAACCUCACCUCUUCUCCUUAGCCCAAUAUACUGUGUCAGGUCCUAUUCUCGUUCUCCAGCUCAGUCCAAAUAAAGUUAUUUCUCCUGG